AUGUCGUAUUACAAUAGAUAUAGAAAUAAAAAAAAGUUCGAUGGUAGUGCGGAUGCCUCUAACAGCAUGAGCAAUGGACCAGCGGGCAUGUCACCGUCAGAUGCCAUAUUUGAUCUGGGAAAGAACAAGCGUGUUACAGUGAGACAAUUCAGGAAUGUCAAUUUGAUUGAUAUCAGGGAGUACUACAUGGACACUUCGACGGGUGAGAUGAAGCCGGGCAAGAAAGGAAUAUCAUUGACGGAAGACCUGUAUGAUGAGCUUUUGAAACACAGACUUAAUAUCGACGAAGCAUUGCGAAGAUUUGGCUCCAAGAGACCUAAAACAAAGACGGUUCGUCUACUUUCUGAUGAUGAGGACGAGGGCAGCGGUGCUCAAACGGAUGCGAAAGCGAAAUCCUCGAGGAGGAGAGAAGACAAUGAUCAUUCGUCUCCAAGCAAGAGGAAAAAGGUGGCACCUCCAACACUGCUCCCUCAAGAGGAGAAGAGACAGAACGACGAGAGGGAAGCCAACGCAGAGCUUGUCGUGCCAGGUCUAGCAAAUAAACAGAAAAAAGAACAGGAAUUAAAACAGAAAGUCGAAAAGCAGAAAGCAGAACUGCCCGUGAAAGCAGAACCCGAUGCUUCUGAAAUUACGAGUGAUGAUGAUUUUGUACAGAACCUUGAAGCUGAGAUGAACAGACCAGAUGAUGAUGAGAGUGAAGAGGAAUGA